GCCGGCAGCACGCCGCUCCGGGUGCCUGCCCUUCCCGAGCCGGCGUCAGCGGCGGAGUGCGCAGGCGCGGCCUUCGGGUUUCCCCGGCUACGGUCGGCGUUUCGGCCCGCUCGUCCGCCGCCGGCUCUUCCGCCGCCCUGCGCCAUGGCGGGCUGCGCGGCGCGGGUUCCGCCGGGCUCCGAGGCGCGCCUCAGCCUCGCUACCUUCCUGCUGGGCGCCUCGGUGCUCGCCCUGCCGCUCCUCACGCGCGCCGGCCUGCAGGGCCGCACCGGGCUGGCGCUCUACGUGGCCGGGCUCAACGCGCUGCUGCUGCUGCUCUACCGGCCGCCGCGCUACCAGAUAGCCAUCCGAGCCUGUUUCCUCGGCUUUGUGUUUGGCUGUGGUGUGCUGCUAAGUUUCAGCCAGUCCUCUUGGAAUCACUUUGGCUGGUACGUGUGCUCGCUGUCAUUAUUCCACUAUUCGGAGUACUUAGUGACAGCUGUCAAUAACCCCAAAAGUCUGUCCUUGGACUCCUUCCUGCUGAACCACAGUCUGGAGUACACAGUGGCUGCUCUUUCUUCCUGGAUAGAGUUCACACUGGAAAACAUCUUUUGGCCAGAACUGAAACAGAUCCCCUGGCUCAGCACCACCGGGCUGCUGAUGGUGGUGUUUGGAGAGUGCCUGCGGAAGGCGGCCAUGUUCACUGCAGGCUCCAAUUUCAACCACGUGGUGCAGAGCGAGAAGUCAGACACCCACACUCUGGUGACGAGCGGGGUGUAUGCCUGGUUCCGGCACCCCUCCUACGUGGGGUGGUUUUACUGGAGUAUCGGGACCCAGGUGAUGCUGUGUAACCCCAUCUGCGGUGUUGUCUACGCCCUGACGGUGUGGCGCUUCUUCCGUGACCGCACAGAAGAGGAGGAGAUCUCACUCAUUCACUUUUUUGGGGAGGAAUACUUGGAGUACAAGAAGAGGGUGCCCACGGGCCUACCCUUCAUCAAAGGGGUCAAGGUGGAGCUAUGACAGGCAGAGAGGCCUGUGGGACCAGGCAGGCUCCGGCCCUGCACAGCCUAAGACAAAACUACAUCCAGUUGGCCGCCUCAGAAUGAGUUUCUUAAUCAUCUUGUAUGUCACUAAUUACUCCUCAGAAUGUCACCCAAGACCCAGUGGUCAGAAGGCCUUAGCACCAAAGGGCACACUGCGGCGCCCCCUCUGCUUGUGUGGAUGAAGGUAGAGAAACAGCGAACGAGGAGCGCGUCACAGCGCCCAUGCGUGCCCUGUCCACAGUCUCAACACUGUGACCGGGAUACUCGGGAGAGGACACUGCCCCCUGCAGCACUAACACCACAACACGUAGCCAGAGCUGCCGCAUAGCGGCAUUCAGAGUGUAUCCAAAACCUUUCAUUUCACCGAAAGCACAGCCCAGCUUUUCCCGUGUCUGCCCCUAAGUGCACGAGCGUCUGCUCACUCCAGAGCGCCUACACUGCUCAUCAUGUGUGUCAUCAUGUGUACACACCCGGUCCCCAAACACAGCGGUGUAGAUUCAAAGGGACACCGAUGCUUCCCGCCAUGCUGUUUCUAAGACCAACAGGCAGCGCCGACCCCAUCACAUUGUACCCGGGCCGAGGAUGCAGGCCCUGGGGUCUCCUGCAGCCCUGGCCUCAACGAUUCUGUCCCCCAGGAGGUAUUUCCCGGGUGCCUGUGCUGAUGUUGAGAAACACUGCCCUCUGUGUGUUUGGGAUUUUCUUUUCUUGUUUUAUCAUAGCUCAUGUUUCCAUAUCUUUUGUGCUGCGUGUUAGCCUCUCACACUUGUUUUCUGUGUCCUUUCAAAGUCAGUCACCCUCGCUGCUGCUUCACGUGUGUUAGUUUGCUUUCCAGAGGGUCCAGCAUCACUCCUGCACCUGCAAAAGAGUUGGGGCAGUAGCUCUCAAGUAGGCUCCGGUUGGGCGGCGCAACGCGGGCCCACGGGCACCCUUGUCCUGCGGGUCUGGGGAGGACAUUCAGCUGUUUUUUGUUAUUGCACAUAAAAGCUUUAAGCAGUGCG